AUGCUCGAACUUCUCGUUGCCCAGAUGACCCCCGUCAAGGCAUCCGUCUGCCUCGCGGGGAUCUUCAUCCUUGCGUGUCUCCUUCGCAAACUGCAAGUAUCUCGAGAGAUCUCCCGUCUGGGUGCAAGGGCGCCUCGCGUCCGAUUUCGAUUGCCAUACGCAAUUGACCAUAUCUACAACUCUAUUGUAGCAAACCGCAACUGUCAGGACUUCACCUUUUGGCAGGCUGUCAUUGCAAACGCCAAAGGCGCCUCGACAAUCCAUCAUCCCCAAACCGCCGAACUAGAUGCUGGCAUCUCGAACCGGACCAUUAUCACCACGGACCCCGACAACAUCCGAGCCCUACUUACCGGCCAGUUCGCGGACUUUGGCAAAGGCGAGGAUUUCCACCGCGACUGGAAAGAGUUCCUAGGCGAUAGUAUCUUCGUCACUGACGGCGAACUCUGGUCCACCUCGCGACACCUCAUCCGGCCCAUGUUCACCAGGGACCGUAUUGUGGAUACGGAACUCUUCGAGAAGCACAUCCAGCAUCUCAUUCCUCUUCUCGCCGGGACCCCUGACAAAAAGGCCGUCGGCAUCACGCCGUUGUUCCUGCGCUACACCCUCGACGCAGCGACAGACUACCUUCUCGGCGAGGGCACCAACAGCCUACAGAACCCGGCCACCGCGUUCGCCGAAGCCUUCAAAUACGUGCAGCAUCGUCAGGGCGAGAUCUUCCGCUAUGGGCCCUUCAACUUCUUCCUCUCCCGGACCCAAUUCCGCCAAAACCUCCAAACCAUGAACAACUUCAUCCAACCCUACAUCGACCGAGUCCUCUCCCUCCCCCCCACCAACAACAACCACCCCUCCAACUCCAACCCCAAACCCAACACCUUCCUCGACGCCCUCUCCCACUUCACCCGGGACUCUCGGGUCCUCCGCGACCAACUAAUCUCCAUUCUCCUCGCUGGUCGGGACACCACGGCAAUCACCCUCUCCUUCUGCCUAUACGAACUCUCCCGCAACCCCACCGUGGUAACUCACCUCCGCACCGAGAUCUCCACCCGAUUAGGCCUCGGCCCCUCCUGCCAGAAACCCACCUACACUGACCUCAAAGAAAUGAAAUACCUCACCGCCAUCCUCAACGAAACCACCCGUCUCUACCCUGUCGUGCCCUUCAACGUCCGCUAUGCCCUCACCCACACUACCCUCCCCACCGGCGGCGGCGCCACGGGUAGCGAGCCGAUCGGAAUCCGUCCCAACACGAGGAUCGUCUACAGUACGAUGCUCAUGCAGCGUGACCCCGCACAUUACCCGCCUCCCGGAUCAAAAGGAUACUUUGAUCCUGGGAAAUGGAUCCCCGAGCGCUGGAUGGGUGAGUGGACGCCGAAGCCGUGGCGCUUUUUGCCGUUUAAUGGCGGGCCCAGGAUUUGUUUGGGGCAGCAGUUUGCGUUGGUCGAGAUGGGGUAUACCCUUGUGAGGAUUUUGCAGGUUUAUGGGAGUUUGAGGGCUGAGGGGGAAGAUGGGGUGGAGGUGGGAGGGGAUCCGAGGUUGAGGUUUGAGAUUACCCUCAAUCCCGGGUGUGAGUUGAAUUGUGUAUUUGAGAAGGAUGGUGGGGAUGGAUGGGGAUGGGGAUGGGGAUGA